CCUCUUCCCCCAUCCCCCCUUUGCGCCUCCCUCCCCCCCGCGCGUCUACAUAUACUCCUGCACUUACACUCAUUCACUCCUCGCUCGACUACCUCUUGUCUGCAUACAUCACAGAGACCUAUGAUCCUUCUCUGGUGGGCACUGCUCGCCUCUGCUCUCGGCCUCGCGCUCGCGGCGGACCUGUACAAAGUCCUUGACGUCGACCGCUCCGCCUCCGAGCGCGACAUUCGAUACGCGUACAAGAAGCUCAGCAAGAAAUGGCACCCGGACAAGAACAAACAGGAGGGCGCAGAGGCGCGCUUCAUCGAGAUUGCGCAUGCGUACGAGGUGCUGAGCGACAAGGAGAAACGCGCCAUCUACGACCGCCACGGCGAGGACGGCCUGCGCGCGCACGAGUCCGGCCAGCACCAGCCGAACCCCUUCGACAUGUUCUCCAACUUCUUCGGCGGCGGGCACCAGCAGCACCAGCAGCAGCGCCGCGGGCCGUCGUCAGUCACCGAGUUUGAGGUUACGCUGGAGGAUAUGUAUAAGGGGAACAGCAUAGAUUUUCGCGUCAAGAAGAAGGUCCUCUGCGACCACUGCCGUGGCACAGGCGCCGCGUCCGACUCGGAUAUACAUACAUGUAGCCAGUGCGGCGGGAGUGGGGUGAGAGUGGUGAAGCAGCAGAUCUUCCCCGGCAUGUUCGCGCAGCAGCAGAUGACGUGCGACGCGUGCGGCGGGCGGGGGACGGUGGUGAAGAAGGUGUGCGGCGCGUGUGGGGGGAAGAAGAUCCUCGACCACACCGCGCACUUGACGCUCGAUAUCGAGCCGGGCACGCCGGAGGGGCACGAGGUUGUGUUCGAGGGGGAGGCGGAUGAGAGCCCCGACUACGAGCCCGGCGACGUCGUGCUGCGCGUGCGCUCGCGGAAGGAGGCCGGCGGCUGGCGAAGGAAGGAGAGCAGCCUGUACUGGCGCGAGGUCGUCGGCGUGGGGGAGGCGCUGCUCGGCUUCGAGCGCAACCUGACGCACCUGGACGGGCAUGUGGUGACGCUGAGGAGAGAGGGGGUGACGCAGCCGGGUCACAUUCAGACCAUACCCGGCGAGGGCAUGCCCAUCUUUGGGAAGGAGGGCCCGCCGGGCGACACGCACUCGCAUGGAGAUCUGUACGUCGAGUAUGCGGUCGUGCUCCCGCAGGAGGUGGAUGGGAAGUUGAGGAGGAAACUCGAGGAGGCGUUCGAGAUGGGCGAGGCGGCGCACGACGAGUUAUAACCUCGGUGGGCGUCGGAGGGGUAUCUGGCUGCUCGCAUGCCGUGCAGGGGCCCUCGCGAGCAGUCCUGCCUGAAGGACGCAGGAGUCGUGUCGAUGGACGCCGGGGUCGUGUCGAUGCGCGCGAGGCCCGAACGUGGGCUGUGUGCGGAGGGUAGCCGCGUAGGAGAUCCUCUAGACUAACGGGGGCACCAGGGCCGCGGUGCGAGGGCCCUGCGACCGUACGAGGGCCCUAUGACUGUACAAGGGCUCGAAGACAGAGGUUGACGCUGUUUAGAAAUAGUGUACGUGCGAGGAUACCAUAAACACCGGCAUAUCAUUAUUCGCUUUCGGUCUUGGUUCGCUGCCGCAUACCUAUCAUUGUGCACGACGAAAGGCAAGACCGCAACGUACGCUUCGACCUCCAUCGCAAUGCUU